AUGGCGGCCAUCAAGGAUUUUGAUAGCCUGUUCAGGCUGGAUGGGAAAAUUGCCGUCGUCACUGGUGGCUCCCGCGGCAUCGGCCUCUACUGCGCCACCGCCUUCCUCCAAGCCGGCUGCUCCAAGGUGAUCAUCACGGCGCGCAACGCCUCCAACCUCGCCCAGGCCGUGGACCAACUCAACGCCCUGCCCAACAUCCGCGGGAAGGCCGUCAGCAUUCCGGCCAACGUCGGCCACACGGACGAGAUCGAACGUUUUGUCCGCGACGUACAGGCCGAGAUUGAGAAGGAUGAGAAACCCGGCAGGGGGUUGGAUAUUUUGGUCGCCAACGCCGCGGCGAGUUGGGGGGGACCGUUCGAGACGUUUGAGGAUUGGAAGAGCGAAAAGACGUUGGAUUUGAAUGUUAGGGGGGUUUUCAAUUUGUGCAGGCUCAUGGUCCCCCUCCUCUCCAGCGCCGCCACCCCGUCCUCCCCCUCCCGAAUCCUCAUCACCUCCUCCGUCGGCGGCAUCAUCGUGCCCCACGUCGGCGCCCGCGGCGCGAUCAUGUACUCGGUCUCCAAAGCCGCCGCGCACCACCUAGGCCGCAACCUCGCCUUGGAACUCGUGCCCAAAAACAUCACCACAAACAUCAUCUCCCCCGGGUUUUUCCCCUCGCGGCUCGCGAACCCCCAGAUUGACUACCUGGGCGGCGAGGACGUGGUGGGCGCGCAGAAUCCCAUGGGCAGACUGGGUAGGGCCGAGGAUAUUGCGGGGUUGGUGGUGUAUUUGUGUUCUCGGGCGGGGAGUUAUGUUAACGGGGAGGAUAUUUCGCUGGAUGGAGGCGCGAGGUUGAGGGUCGGCACGCAUCCGGGGAGUUUGGACAGGAGGAGUAAGCUGUGA